UUACCACCACACCACGCCACGCCACGCAAUGUGGAGUGACCUUCCCUUUGAUCUCUUAUCCAACAUCUUCUCCUUCCUCUCCCCGGACUCUCUCGCCUGCGCCGCCUCGGCGUGUCGGCAGUGGCACGAGUGCGCAAAAACUCGACGUCGUCCGGCUUCAAAUUCAUAUUUAUCUAAUUGGUUCGUGGCCUUGCCACUUCGCAGCCACAAAAAGGACAAUCUUUCUUGCUAUGCUCAAAACCCCACGAACAAAAACUGGCACUUUAUCUUUCUAAACUUCUUACCAUCCCCAAUUAGGCCUCUCACCUCCAUAAAAAGCCUCAUCCUUUUCAAAACCACAAACCCCACUAAUCUUCUCAAUUUACUUGUUUGUAAUCCAUUCACAAGAGAAUUCAAGAAACUUCCAAUCUUGAGCACGCCAAGAUCCAACCCGGCCAUUGGCGUCAUACCUCUGGGCGACGAUGGCGGCUUCCAAGUCUACGUGGCGGGCGGAAUGUCCGAGGCGCCACGUGGCGGGGCAACCUACGAGCCGACCAUGGAAGUCUACGACUCCAGACACGACACGUGGCGGGUCGUCGGGCCGUUGCCGACGGAGUUCGCCGUGAGGCUUACCGUUUGGACGCCAAACGACAGCGUUUUCUGCGACGGCGUGGUGUACUGGAUAACUUCUGCCCGGGCGUACAGCCUGAUGGGGUGCGACAUUUCGUCGAACAGCUGGCUGGAGCUGAGGGUGCCCAUGGCGGAGAAGCUGGAGUUCGCGGCGGCGGUGCGGCGGAAGGGGAGGCUGGCGGUCGUCGGCGGCGGCGGGGCGUGCGGAGGGGGCGCGUGGGUGUGGGAGUUGGGCGAGGGAGAUUCGUGGGUUUUGGUUGGGAAAGUGCCGGGUGAAUUGGGCGUGAAGUUUGUUGGGGAAAUGGGAAGGUGGGCUAGUACGAAGUGUGUGGGUUGUGAUGGAGGGAUUUACCUGUACAGAGAGGUUUUUGGGCCGGGAAUGAUUGCUUGGAAAGAGGUUGGAGAGAGUGGGGAAUGGGAAUGGUCUUGGAUUGAAGGAUGCUCUUUUGUUGGAGGGGAAAAAGUGCCACAAAACUUGCAAAUGAAAGGAGUGCUUAUUCCACCAAAUCUUGCUCAAUCGUGUUUCUUUUUAGGCAAAUGAGACGGCUUUGUGAAAAUGCGGGUCCUUUUGCUGCUUUUGUGUGUAAGAAAAUUACUUGUAAAUGAUUCUUUUUUGAA